AUGGAUUCUUUCAGGGAGUCUGAAGAAGAAGAUAAUAACCCAUUUGCUGGUACAAAUCAUCUUUAUGCAUCAGGGAUUGCCGCUGUUGCAGAAGGUGAUGAUGAUUUCGUGUCGUGUGUAACAAAACCAAGUAAGCGAGAAGCUAUUCAUGAAGCCCGUGAAAGGUUGAUGAGUCGUAUAUUUGGUGGAAACCACAUUAAUUCUUCGCGCUCGAGGUCGGUAUCUAAAGGUGGUGCUGGAAUAAGUGAGGAUGAGGAGGAGGAGAAUGGUGAAGAUGGCACAGAUACCGUAAUACUUGACCAUAGCAUGCGAGGCACGGUACCUAUACCAAGAGACAGACUAAGAUCUUCACAGCUGGGAAAUAUGGCUUCUACGCAGUAUGCACUUCCACUUUUACAUCAUUUUGAGUACGACCAAGAAGGCGGGGACCCACGGAUUCAAAUUAUUGAUGCAGGGCAGUAUAAGGAUACGUAUGGGAAUUACGCAAUAGGGUAUACGAUAUCAUUUAAUGGGAGACAAGUUACUAGGCGAUAUUCGGAGUUUGAUACAUUGCGCCUGGCGCUUACAAAGUUGCUGCCCACAAUAAUAAUCCCACCUAUUCCGUCAAAGCACCCGCUAAUAUGGUAUUUUCUCAACCCACUGAAUGCAGAGAAUGACAUUAGGAUUAUAGACAAGAGGAGAAGGUUGUUGAGUCGUUUUCUUAAUAACUGCUAUAACAUAGAAACUAUCCGGGAACAUCCUGUGUUUCUGAAGUUCCUCAGCCCUGACUAUGUAUGGCGGGAAGUUCUGUUAUCUCCUCCCAUAUCUAUUCUUCCGGAGAACAAUUUACUUGCUCCUCCGCUCAUGCCUACAAAACCUAGUCCUCUGCAUCUGCUCCUUCCAAAUCCUACGGGGCGUAGUGUGGCGCCGGUAGCCUCUACUCCGACCGACGCAGAGGCUUCGCAAUUAGAGGCAAAGUUUGCAGAUUGGGAAGUGAUGUUGAAUAAGUACCAAAGGUGCCUACAACCAUUAUUGGCGUGUACUAAACAACAGAUGUCCCACUUCAAGCAACUUGCUUCAGCGCUUGCUGAGCUUGGCGCGUACUACAAUGCAUUCAGCCUAGAAGACACUGUGAUAAACUUACCUCAGCAUGCAAAGCAGGUUGAGGAACUAUCUAGGGCCAUUGAAAAGAUAGGACAGGCAGUCGACGUCAACUACGUGAGCUCAGAGUUGUUUGUUGAAAACGUAAUGAUGCUGUUGGAAGAGCCAAUUAGCGAGUUGAUGCAGUUCAUACAAGAAGGGAAACGUAUCCUUAAAUUCAGGAAGGCCAAACAACAGCAAUUCUUAAUUAUAGGGGCCACAUUGAACAAGCGGAAAGAUCGCAUCGAGGAAUUGAAGAAUUAUCAGUCACAGAUGGCUAGGUUGGAAGAAGCUCUGAAGCAGAACGCUAAAGAUUCGCCAACCGUCGCAAAAGCCGUCAAAAAACUGGAUGAACGCAGAAACCGACCACAAUCCACCGACGCCCAACGCGUCGCAUCAGAUACAUCCAGCGAAAGGCAGUGGAUUGGUCUCUUCAGGUCAAGGAGAUCCUCACACCACACUUGUGAAUCGCCCUCCAGUGGACCCCGGACUGGAGAUAUUGACGCUCACCUUUUGACUGAUGAAGAACGCGGACAAGAAAUAAGUAAAAUAGAGAAUGAACUGGAAAAAUUAAACGAAUGCUACAAGCUGAUUCAACGUGAUAUGGACCAGGUUAACGAAUCAAUGCUGCAAAGUUUUGAAUGGUUUACAGUAUAUCUACAGCAAAAAUGGGUUAUACUCUUACGCGAGUUUUCGCGUACAUUGUUGACCUGGUUAAAAGAUUGUCUAAUAGUCUGGAAGAAUGCAAGAGCAGUUAUUGAUAGCAUCGAGGUCUAG